AAAGGGGCCGCUGCGCUGGUCGCGGGAGGCGGCUCCUGGAGUCAGCGCUGGAUCUUCUGCAGCAGGCGCCAUGGAGUGGAAGGUGCUGGUCACAGGUGGGGCUGGCUACAUCGGCAGCCACACAGUACUGGAGCUGCUGGAGGCAGGCUACUCGCCUGUGGUCAUCGACAACUUCCAUAAUGCCAUUCGUGGAGGAGACUCCAUGCCUGAGAGCCUGCGCCGGGUCCAGGAGCUGACAGGCCGCUCUGUGGAGUUUGAGGAAAUGGACAUCUUGGACCAGGCAGCCCUCCAGCACCUCUUUAAGAAGCACAGCUUUAAGGCUGUCAUCCACUUUGCUGGGCUCAAGGCUGUGGGCGAGUCGGUGCAGAAGCCUCUGGAUUACUAUAGAGUUAACUUAACAGGGACCAUCCAGCUUCUGGAGAUCAUGAGGGCCCAUGGGGUGAAGAAUCUGGUAUUCAGCAGCUCUGCCACCGUGUACGGGAACCCCCAGUAUCUGCCUCUGGAUGAGGCCCACCCCACCGGGGGCUGCACCAACCCCUACGGCAAGUCCAAGUUCUUCAUUGAGGAGAUGAUCCGGGACCUGUGCCGGGCAGACACGGCCUGGAAUGCUGUGCUGCUCCGGUACUUCAAUCCCACAGGCGCCCACGCCUCUGGCCGCAUCGGUGAAGAUCCUCAGGGUGUCCCCAACAACCUCAUGCCCUAUGUCUCCCAGGUGGCAAUCGGGCGACGAGAGGCCCUGAAUGUCUUUGGUGAUGACUAUGCUACAGAGGAUGGGACAGGUGUGCGGGAUUACAUUCAUGUCGUGGAUCUGGCGAAGGGCCAUGUAGCAGCCUUGAAGAAGCUGAAGGAGCAGUGUGGUUGCCGGACCUACAACCUGGGCACGGGCACAGGCUACUCUGUCCUGCAGAUGGUCCAAGCCAUGGAGAAGGCCUCAGGGAAGAAGAUCCCGUACAAGGUGGUAGCACGGCGGGACGGUGACGUGGCGGCCUGUUAUGCCAAUCCCAGCCUGGCCCAUGAGGAGCUGGGCUGGACAGCAGCCUUGGGGCUGGACAGGAUGUGUGAAGAUCUGUGGCGCUGGCAGAAGCAGAACCCCUCAGGCUUUGGGCCACAGGCCUGAGGACCUCCUUGCCACAAACCAGAAAAGAGCAGCUGCCUGCUUUCCAGUCUCCACUGGACCCUGUACCCUCACGCUCUGGGGCCAAGCUGAGGCCACCCUACCUCAAAUGCCAGCUGUCUCUGCUCAGCCCUCCAGGCAGGAGACCUCUGGCUCUCCUGACCAGAAGGGAGCCCAGGGCUUUCCAGCCUAUCUCCCCCAGUGUCCAGCAGCUCCUGUGAUCCCCAGAGCCUUGGGAGGCCAGGGGGUCUGGGACCAUAGCCUCCCCCAGGCACUAACUUACACUGCUAUGAUUGAGCUUUCCAAAGUAUUUAAAAUAAAACUGGUUUCUUCUCGUGAGGCAGAUUCUCACAGAUGGUAACUACCACAUAAGGCA